CCGCGGCGGUGCGGCCGGGAUGGAGGCGCUGGGGGCCGAGGCGGACGCGGCGGUGGCGGAGCUGCGGGAGCGGCUGGCGGCGGGCGGGCAGGACCAUGUGCUGCGCUUCUGGCCCGAGCUGGACGGCGCGGCCCGCCGGGCGCUGGCGGCCGAGCUGCGCCGCAUGGACGUGGCUGAGAUCAACCGGUUCUUCCUCCGCGCUCGCGGGCGCGGCGGCGGAGCGGCGGCGGCUUCAGCCGGGCUGGACGCGCGCAUGGAGCCGGUGCCGCGGGACGUGCUGGGCAGCGCCUCCCGCGACCGCGGGCUGGUGCCGCGCUGGGAGACCCGCGGGCUGGCGGAGAUCGCGGGGAGCCGCGUGGCCGCGCUGCUGCUGGCCGGCGGGCAGGGCACCCGCCUCGGCGUCCCCUACCCCAAGGGCAUGUGCGACGUGGGGCUGCCCUCCCGCAAGACCCUCUUCCACCUGCAGGCCCAGCGCCUGCGGCGGCUGCAGCAGAUGGCGGAGGAGCAGCACGGCACUCCGUGCCACAUCCCCUGGUACAUUAUGACAAGUGGCCGCACUAUGGAGUCCACCAAGGAGUUCUUCCAGAAACAUCGGUAUUUUGGCUUGAAGAAGGAGAACGUCAUCUUCUUCCAGCAGGGCAUGCUGCCCGCCCUGGGAUUCGAUGGGAAAAUCCUGCUGGAGGAGAAGGGCAAGAUUGCCAUGGCACCAGAUGGCAACGGGGGCCUGUACCGGGCCCUGGGCUCACACGGCAUCAUGGACGACAUGGAGCGGAGGGGGGUGCAGAGUGUCCACGUCUACUGUGUGGACAACAUCCUGGUGAAGGUGGCUGACCCCAGGUUCAUUGGCUUCUGCUUGGAGAAGGGAGCAGACUGUGGGGCCAAGGUGGUGGAGAAGACCAACCCCACGGAGCCGGUGGGCGUGGUGUGCCGGGUGGACGGCGUGUACCAGGUGGUGGAGUACAGCGAGAUCUCCCUGGCCACCGCCCAGCGGCGCGGCCCGGACGGGCGGCUGCUCUUCAACGCGGGCAACAUCGCCAACCACUACUUCUCCACGGCCUUCCUGAAAGAUGUGGUCAACACUUACGAACCACAGCUGCAGCACCACGUGGCUGAGAAGAAGAUCCCACAUGUGGACAUCACUACAGGACAACUAGUCCAACCCGAGAAGCCCAACGGGAUUAAGAUGGAGAAGUUUGUCUUCGACAUCUUCCAGUUUUCCAAGAAGUUUGUGGUGUACGAGGUGCUGCGUGAGGAUGAGUUCUCUCCCCUGAAGAACGCAGACAGCCAGAAUGGCAAGGACAACCCCACCACAGCCCGACAUGCCUUGAUGUCCCUGCACCACUGCUGGGUUCUCAAUGCAGGGGGGCACUUUGUGGACGAAAAUGGUACACGCAUCCCUGCCAUCCCUCGGACUGCCGACAUGUCGGCCACCCCCAGAGUGCUGCCACUGCUGUCACUGCUGCCACUGCUGCUGCUGCACGUGCCACACGCUGCCAGAGCCCAGGUCAACCCUGCGGUGUGUCGGUACCCCUUGGGAAUGUCGGGUGGGCACAUCCCUGACGAGGACAUCUCAGCCUCCAGCCACUGGUCUGACUCCACGGCCGCCAAGUACGGACGGCUGGACUCGGAGGAGGGCGAUGGAGCCUGGUGCCCCAAGACUCCAGUGGAGCCAAAUGACCUGAAGGAGUUCCUGCAGAUUGACCUGCAAGCCCUGCACUUCAUCACACUGGUGGGCACCCAGGGGCGCCACGCCAAGGGCCACGGCAAUGAGUUUGCCCCCAUGUAUAAAAUCAACUACAGCCGGGAUGGCACCCGCUGGAUCUCUUGGAGGAACCGGCACGGGAAGCAGGUGCUGGAUGGAAAUACCAACACCUACGACAUCGUCCUCAAGGACCUGGAGCCGCCCCUCAUUGCCCGCUUUGUCCGCUUCAUCCCCGUCACUGACCACUCCAUGAACGUCUGCCUGCGCGUGGAGCUGUACGGCUGUGCCUGGCUGGAUGGGCUGGUGUCCUACAAUGCGCCGGUCGGGCAGCAGCUCAUCCUUCCUGGGGGCACUGUCAUCUACCUGAAUGACUCAGUGUACGACGGGGCCUUUGGGUACAGCAUGACAGAGGGCCUGGGCCAGCUGACGGAUGGGGUGUCGGGGCUGGAUGACUUCACACAGACCCACGAGUACCACGUCUGGCCAGGCUACGACUACGUGGGCUGGCGCAACGAGAGCACGGCUGGCGGCUACGUGGAGAUCACCUUCGAGUUCGACCGCAUCAGGAACUUCACCGCCAUGAAGGUCCACUGCAACAACAUGUUCGCCAAAGGUGUGAAGAUCUUCAAGGAGGUGCAGUGCUACUUCCGCGCCGACACCAGCGAGUGGGAGCCCAGUGCCAUCUCCUCGGUGCUGGUGCUGGAUGAUGUGAACCCCAGCGCCCGUUUCGUCACCGUGCCUCUGCUCCACCGCAUGGCCAGUGCCAUCAAGUGCCAGUACUACUUCGCCGACACCUGGAUGAUGUUCAGUGAGAUCACCUUCCAGUCAGAUGCAGCCAUGUACAAUAACUCAGUGCCCCCCGCCGAGGCACCCGUGGUCCCCACCACUUAUGACCCCACUCUCAAGGUAGACGACAGCAACACACGCAUCCUGAUCGGGUGCCUGGUGGCCAUCAUCUUCAUCCUAGUGGCCAUCAUUGUCAUCAUACUGUGGCGGCAGUUCUGGCAGAAGAUGCUGGAGAAGGCAUCACGGAGGAUGCUGGAUGAUGAAAUGACCGUCAGCCUCUCCCUGCCCAGUGAAUCCAGCAUGUUCAACCACAACCGCUCCUCCUCCCCCAGCGAGCAGGAGUCCAGCUCCACCUAUGACCGCAUCUUCCCCCUGGGACCCGACUACCAGGAGCCCUCCCGCCUGAUCCGCAAGCUGCCUGAGUUCACCUCGGGGGAGGAGGACACAGGCUGCAGCGGCCCCACCAAGCCAUGCCAGGCCGGCGUCCCCGAGGGCGUCCCGCACUACGCCGAGGCCGACAUUGUGAACCUGCAGGGUGUGACAGGCGGCAACACCUACUCAGUGCCAGCCCUCACCAUGGACCUGCUCGCUGGCAAGGACGUGGCCAUCGAGGAGUUCCCCAGGAAGCUGCUGACCUUCAAGGAGAAGCUGGGGGAAGGCCAGUUUGGGGAGGUUCACCUCUGUGAAGUGGAGGGGAUGGACAAGUUCACAGGGAAGGACUUUGCCCUGGAGGGCUUGGAUGGCAGCUCUGACCACCCCGUGCUUGUGGCUGUGAAGAUGCUGCGGGCAGAUGCCAACAAGAAUGCCAGGAAUGAUUUUCUGAAGGAAAUCAAGAUCAUGUCGCGGCUGAAGGACCCCAACAUCAUCCGGCUGCUGGCGGUGUGCAUCACAGAUGACCCCCUGUGUAUGAUCACUGAGUACAUGGAGAACGGGGACCUCAACCAGUUCCUGUCCCGCCAGCAGGCAGGCGGCCCCACUGCUGCCCACGCACCCAGCGUCAGUGACCUGCGGUUCAUGGCCACCCAGAUUGCCUCGGGCAUGAAGUACCUCUCGUCCCUCAACUUCGUGCACCGGGACCUGGCCACGCGCAACUGCCUGGUGGGGAAGCACUACACCAUCAAGAUUGCCGACUUUGGGAUGAGCAGGAACCUCUACAGUGGGGACUACUACCGCAUCCAGGGCCGGGCGGUGCUCCCCAUCCGCUGGAUGUCCUGGGAGAGCAUCCUGCUGGGCAAGUUCACAACGGCCAGUGACGUGUGGGCGUUCGGAGUGACACUGUGGGAGACCUUCACGCUCUGCCGGGAGCAGCCCUACUCCCAGAUGUCUGACGAGCAGGUCAUCGAGAACACCGGCGAGUUCUUCCGGGACCAGGGCCGGCAGGUGGGGACGGGACGAGAGGACCAGUGGUGCACCAGUGACAUUAGGGGUCUGGAGAGAGACUUUAAGACCUACCUUCCCCAGCCCAUGCUAUGCCCUGACUCAGUCUAUAAGCUAAUGCUCAGCUGCUGGAGACGGGACACUAAAGAUCGUCCCUCCUUCCAGGACAUCCAUCGCCUUCUGCAGGACUCAGCCAGUGAAGAAUGACCCUUGGCUCCCGCCUGCCCUGGUUCCCAUCCUUCCCUGUCCCCAGAGGAGCCCCAGAUGCAAACCGAAGCCACUUCACUCAGACUUAGCCAUAAACCCCGAGCAGCAGCUCGUGUUCUCAUUGUGCAGUGAGGCCGCAGAGGAGACCCCAGGACAGCAAAGCCCCACGGCGUGGGGCGCUCAGCCCUCCCUCUUCCUGCAGACGGAGCCCGGGGAGGGUUAUUUAUUGGUGCAGCGUGUUCCUGGUGACAAGGAGCAGGACAGAGCGGCUGCUCUUCCCUGGCUGAAGGGGACGAACUUCAGCGGGACUUUCUCUGUGAGGAAGCUCGGCCCACACGCAGGGCAGGUGCCUGGGGAAGGGAUGUGUGCAGGUGUGUGCCCACUGAAGCAGGGACAGACCGGCAGCCACCACCUGCUUCAGCAGGAGCUGCCUCCGGCUCUCAAUGGGUUGUGCAAUCAAGGGGUGAAAACAAAGACUCCGCGGACAUUUGGGGCUUUGGCCAUGCCACAUGGAGAGGCAGGAAGCUCCCUCCCUGCUGGCCAGCCCCAGCUGCACAGGGAGACGGCUGGGGGUGCUCCCGGCACCUCACCCAGCUGCUGGAGUGUGCAGCCAGGGAGGAGCGGGCAUCCUGUGCCGAGGGGACAUUCCCUCACCGACCACAGCCACUCCAGGGCAGCUCAACUGCCCAGGAAAUGCAUUUUGGAUGCCCCACGGGUGAUGCACGGCAGCUGGCAGCAGGAUGCUAGCACCUUUUAGUUCCAUGGGGAAAUCUCCAGGUCCUCCUCCCCCAGGGUUAACCCACAUCUUCAUCUGCCAGGAGAAGAAUGCAUGUAGCAGAGUUUCACUGGCAGCUGCCCGCUGCCCAUGCUUGCAACAAGCCCACGGGCAUGGAGCAGGAUGCUCCAGCUCUCCCUGGCUCUCAGCCUGGGGUCACAGGCCAGCUGAAGCACCUGAGCUGGGCUCUGCCACCCUGAGCAUCCCACAGCAUUCUGGCACCCGUCCGUGCUGCCAAAGCUGCCAGCAUCCUGAGCAAACUGGGCAGGUGCCAAAGCCAUGUGCCCUGGCAGGUGACCCACCACGCCGCAGACCCUCCUGUGGCCGGGCAGGAGGAACUGUGGACUUGGAGGGUCCAUGGAGCCCUGCACACUUUUGUACGCACUAGUUCAGCACCAGCAGGCGCGCGUGGCACAGCUCCCAGUAUCGCGUGGCUAAGGCAUGUGUAUAUUCUGUAGCUGCACCUCUGUGUAGGGGCCAACCCGCUGAAGAGACACUCGGUAUGUGAUGUGGCUGCAUGGUUUCCUUGUGGCGCCCUGCGGGCAGCUCAGCUCGCCUGCCCCAGGGCACCCGGGGCUGGGGGCUCAGAGCGGCGCUGCGUGCCUGGGAUGUGUUGUGGAACACGGGAAACAGCCUGAGCGCUGGAGCAAGGGUGGUCAAGAGAGUGGCUGGCUGACCCACACCAGCGGGUGGGAGGAGGAUGCUCCGAGGCAUCCAUGGCAGGACACGUCCAGCAGCAGGGCCGCGGGUCCGGGAGAGGGGAGGGCAGGGACGGCGGGCUGUGUCCCGCACAGUGGCUGGCGUCCCGCGUGCUCCUCCUGGCUGCGACAGAGGAUGGAUGUCUCAUCCCUGCCGAGCGCCUCAAGACGAGGACGGGCUUUGUUCAUGCCACGGAACGGGUCCCUCUGCCCGCCUUGUGGCGCACCCAGCCGUGCCUCAGCAGGCGGGGAGCACGGGGCAGGUGGGGCACAUCGGCAGCUGCCACCGCCCGGGCACUCUGCACGGCCGGGGGUGCUCCGUGCCCGUGCCCGGCUCCAGCCGGGACCCGCCAGGAGCAGGGCUGCCCCGUGCGCACCCGGACCUGCCCGCCAC